AUGGAACGAAAUGGCCUGUUAGUGUCCACUUCCUUUUCGGCGCCAACCGUAUCGAAUGGUUCUCGAUUGCAUCUUGCUCAUACCAACGAACGAUACAAACGACUCGCAACAGCACUCACCGAACGUACCAUUUUGCACACAUCAUCAUCUCAGUUGGCCUCUGGUGCCAGUAACCAACGUUUGGACAAACACUUGAGCAUUACAGAAUCGGUAUUUUAUCACGACGAUAGGAGAAUAAGUGUGUGGUCCAUACGAGACAACGGUUUGGAUUGGGUUCUAGUUGUCUCUACUGCUGAAAAUGGAUACAUUUAUACAAUAUUUUCUGGUAGUCCAGCGUUACUCACUAUCAGUAUUGUCUUGAUCGUUCUCGGAACCGUUUGCAUGAUUGUGUUAACACAAUUGGUGGCCAGAUCCAUCUAUAAGGUCGUCAAUAACAAUAUCAAGUUGUCAAAGAUGGAAAUUAGAAAUGUGACUUCGAGCAAAUUGUUGAACAUCAUUUAUGAAUUGUCACUGCUGCAGAAAUCGACGGAAGCCAUCAAGAGAGGUCUAACCACAUUCAUGCACUACAUUCCUAGGGAUCUUGUUUGUGAUAUUGUAAGGACAGGUCAAUUUGCUCACUUGGGAAUGGUUAAUAUACACACAAGUGUCAUGUUUACAGAUAUUGCAAAUUUCACAACCAUUUCUGAAACCACUUCCAUUUCCGUUUUGAUUGAGGUUCUGUCCACGUAUUUUUCCAUUGUUUCACAAGCGGUGGAAAAUCAUGGUGGAGUCAUUGAUAAGUUCAUUGGAGAUGGAACCAUGAGUUUAUUUUCGAUUCCGCACCGAGUUCUGAACUGUCAUGCAAAGUGUGCCUGUGAUGCAGCACUUACAGCUUUGUUCGAAAUUGAAAAAUUCAAAGAAAAAUCACUGAUGAUGAAUUGGCCUCUCAUUGACAUUCGUAUUGGCAUCAAUACUGGAGAAGCUAUGAUUGGAAAUAUAGGUUGGGUGGAACGUUUCAACUAUACAGCAAUUGGUGAUUGCGUUAACACGGCUAGUCGACUGGAGACGCUGGGCAAGCAUUACGAAUUGCCAAUAUUGAUUGGAGAGGAAACAUUUAAGAGAGUGAAAGACAGUAUCAUGUGUUUCUUUGUGGAUACAGUUCGUUUGAAAGGAAAAGUAACAUCAAUAGAUAUCUACACCAUUGAAACGAUGUGGGAGUGUGCAACGGAAAGGAAGAGGCUAAUUCAUGACCAAUUGGCGAUGAUUCGUGACGUGAUGCAUCUAAAAGAUGUUAAACAGAUGAAUCAAUUGGUGGGGGACUUGUUGCAAGAGUUACUGGUGUGGAAUUUACCAAAAGCUCGACCAAUUGCAAGCAGAGAAAAGAUGGGCCUGGAAGAAGGUUUGUUUUCCGAUAUGAAAUUUGUGUCUGACCUGUUGCAUAGAUCGGAGGGUUUGAUUUCACAGCAAGAUGUGGGAGAAAUUUCUCUGAACAUGACAGAAAAGUGA